GUAGAGCAAGAAGAGUAUUAACCAUGUUUCUGUCGACUUUCCAAAUUCUUUUAAGUUUGCUUAUUAUAUCUCUUCUAGUGAUAUAUUCAUUAGGAAAGAAAUGGAGAAACAAAAGAAAACGACAGGAAAAUUAUUCGUCUUCUUCUGCAUCUGAAGGUGUCUUAACAUGGAAGAAAAAGAGUGACAACAAAUCGAGGAACGAAAUACCGAAAUUCCCCAAUUGGCCUAUUCUCUGGAAUUUGGUUUUCUGUCCAGUAAAAGCGCAAGAUUAUCGAAAACUUUGUGGCACCUUUAUAAUUCAACUAUUGAGUUGUGCGUGUUUGGGAUUCAUCGAAGAGAAAGUUGUGAAAGUUUCUUGGGGUGGCUAUAAUUAUAUUCUAUUAUCUCACCCCGAAAUGGCUCAGGAAGUGCUAAAGAAUAACACCGUAAUCAACAAAGAUUGGAUUUAUAAUAUUCUUCAUCCGUGGCUGGGAACAGGUCUUCUAACAAGUUCGAACGAUAAGUGGAGACAUCGUAGGAAAUUGUUAACUCCGGCAUUUCACUUUCGAAUUCUCGAAAACUUUCAAAGAAUUUUCAACGACCACUCAAACAUCUUAAUUGAAAAGUUGAAAAAUAAAAAGCAAAAUGAAGAGUUUCUUAUUGACGAGCUAAUCAGUCUGUGCACUUUGGAUAUUAUUGGAGAUUCAGCAAUGGGAGUUCGAUUCAACAAUCAAGAUAGAACUGGUACUGAUUAUGGCGUUGCCAUUAAUGAUAUAACAUCCGCAGUUAUUCAAUGGUUCACGAAGCCUUGGUAUUGGUUCAGUCCCAUUUUCAACCUUAGUCCAUUAGGGAAAAAAUUUUAUAAAGAUAUUGACACGAUUCAUGAAUUUGACAGAAAGGUAAUUGGAGAAAAGAAACAGAAAAUGAUCGAAGAACUGAAAGACAAUCAAACAAUCGACAACUUUCAAGAAGAAAAUGAAGUUACAGCAGUAAAGAAGAGGCGAGCAUUUCUGGAUUUACUGCUUUAUCAUCAUUUAACGGAUAAAAGUCUCAACGAAGAAGAUAUCAGAGAAGAAGUUGAUACAUUCAUGUUCGCAGGAUACGACACAAGUUCAAUGGGUAUUAGUUGGUCCCUUUAUCUACUCGGAUUGCAUCCCGAUAUACAAGAGAAAGUUUACCAGGAGCAGGAAGAAAUUUUUGGUGAAGACACAAAUAAAUCUAUUACGUCCGAAGACCUUAGAAAAAUGAAGUAUCUGGAAUGUGUUGUCAAGGAGACACUCAGGCUCUAUCCCCCGGUAAGUUUCAUAGUGAGAAAAAAUCCAUCCGAUUUGAAAGUGGGUGAUUACAUCUUGCCGGCAAAAUCGUCUCUUGCAGUAAACAUUUAUGGGAUUCAUCAUAAUCCAACGGUUUUCGUAAAUCCCGAAGUGUUCGAUCCGGAUCGAUUUUUGCCAGAAAACUGCAAGAACCGUCAUUCCUUUGCUUUUAUACCGUUCUCUGCCGGUCCACGCAAUUGCAUAGGCCAAAGAUUCGCUAUGAUGGAGAUGAAGACUCUUUUAGCCGACGUUAUUCGACAUUUUCGCGUGAAGUCUUUGGACUACAGGGAUAAGAUUUUCGAAUCCGGUGACGUCAUUCUUCGUCCUAAAUUCGAUUCUUAUCUAUAUGAUAAUCCGCGCUUCAAAAGUGUAGACAUAAUCAGCCUGGCCAGAAAAGGCCAAUGUUAGAGAAAAGAAAUAGAAGGCGACCCAGUGGCGUAGC